AUGGCAUCGUUUGCUGAAAUUCACAAGUCACCUUAUGCAGCGCUUGUUAAUGCGAUCUCGGCAAACCCGUUGGCUGGCAAGGUCAUACUCAUUACUGGCGCCGGCCGUGGAGUUGGUGAACACAUCACCCAUCGGAUGGCAAUUGCCGGAGCUGAGCGGAUAGGCCUUAUUGGCCGAGAUGAGCCUAGAAUUUUUGCGGCACGAGAUAAAUUUUCAAAAGCCUAUACUGGAACAACUUUUGAGGCUUUCACGGCUGAUAUUACGGAUGAGGAAGCUAUUCACGCAGUCUUCGAGUCAUUUGGCGCACCUGGUAUUCUGAUAAAUAACGCAGGUACUUUUUCAGAUGAUGGCCCGUUCGUUGAGCAGAAUCUGAAAGCUUGGUGGACCGGCUUUGAGACCAACAUUCUUGGCACAGCAAUUGUAACGCAGCAAUUUCUUUGA